UCUGCAGAAUCACUUCGGCCAAUCGCGCGGCACUGGUUUUGGCGCUGAGCAGGGAGACAGGGCCUGGAGCAGGGCGCUUUUGUUACAGCUAGAGGGAGAGAGAGGCAGUAUUAUAAAAUAUACGUAGAAAGCAGAUUUAACCAAAUUCUUCUCCAACUACCCGCAAAAAGCGACCCUCUAACCAGUCUACGGCCACCCAAGCAACAAUGGAACCAAGAAUUGACUGAAAAUUGUCCCUAAUUAUAAUAAUAAAUUGAGUUAGACGGCGAAGAGGCCUGCACUGUAGCAUCCAUCUCUUUUGUUGCCUAGGCUGUAUUCUGUUUUAAUAUUGCACCAGGAAGCUCAAACAUUGGGGGUAUUUGUUUAGAAUGGAACACGUUGAAGCAGUCCAUGACGAGUAACUAGAGGCAUGAAGCGGUCCUUACACUGAACCUAAAACCACACUAGAAGCAAUUGUUGCAAAUAGGGCAGCAGUGUGGAGUAGUGGUUAUGGCUUUUACUCUUGACCGGAGGGUCGUGGGUUCAGUCCCAGGUGGAAGACACUGCUGCUGUAUCCUUGAGCAAGGCCCUGUCAGAGAAAGGGAAAGUUAAGGAUGCUGCAGCAGAACAAUGGAUUUCUCCUUCUCUUUCAUGCAAGGGAUCAUGGGAAACACAAUUCAGCAACCUCCUCAACUCAUUGACUCGGCCAACAUCCGGCAAGACGAUGUGUACGAUGCUGUCAGUGACAAUGGUGAAGACGGGGUGCCGUCGGCUUAUGAUGCCCUGGAGUCAGGCUUCUCCUACCCCCCCUCCACCACAGAGGACCUGCCCUCCGUCACCAAUGGCUACCCGCCCAACAUCAGCCUCUAUGAGGCCCAGGCCAAGUAUCCCAUGUAUUCUCAGUUCCCCAAUGGUUCUGCCAAUGGCUACAGUGCUAUCCGGAGCUACGGUGUCCCUGAUCACUGCUUGUUACCAACGGAGAACACCGUGUUGAGAUUGCCUGUGGUCCAAGAGAAACCUCUCUCCCCGCCCCAUGUCGCCCCUCAUCAUCAUGUGGUUCUUCCUCCUCCUCCCCUGCUUCUCCCUUCCUCCCCGCCUCCCCCUGCUCCUCUUCCCACUUUUACCACUAUCCUCUCCACCCCACCCCAGUCUCAGCCCCCCACCACCCCAAAGAAAACCAUCUCCCCAGAAAUCAAGUUAAAGAUCAUCAAAACCUACCAGAACGGGAGGGAACUGUUUGAGUCCUCGCUCUGCGGAGACCUACUGAAUGAGGUCCAGGCCAGCGAGGCGUCCAGAAGGAAGCACGAGCGGAAGAAGGAGAAAAGGAAAAAGAGCAGCAAGCACGCUCUGCACGGGCAGGAGGAGCCGGUUCUAGAGCAGAUUCCAGAACAGGAGCAGGUUCAAAGCCCUGAACACGAGCAGACGGACAGGAAUCGCAAAUGUCCAAAAGUUGAACCGCAGGAACACAAAGUUCAGAAACACUUUCCUACAGUUAUAACAGGCACUGGUACUUGUCUGGACCACCAGGUUGGAGAUUUGGUCUGGUCUAAGGUUGGAACGUAUCCCUGGUGGCCUUGUAUGGUGUCUUGCGAUCCCCAGAAGGAGGUUCAUACCAGGAUAAACACACGAGGUCACCGGGAAUACCACGUACAGUUUUUUGGAAGUGUGCCCGAGAGAGCAUGGAUCCACGAGAAGAGAGUGCUUGUGUAUCAGGGGCAGCAUGAGUUUGAACACUUGCAGGCAGAAACACUCAGGCAAACCUCCAAUCACGCUGAAAGGCAGAAGCUCCUCAGACCAGUCCCACAGAGAGAACGCGCUCAGUGGGAAGUGGGUAUUGGCCACGCAGAGGACGCACUCCAGAUGACCAGGGAGGAGAGGAUAGACAACUACACUUUUAUUUAUGUGGACAAACAGCCAGAAACAUCGCCGUCGCCCCAGACGGAAAAGACUGGUAGCGCAGCCAAGGCUGACAAUAGGAGGGCUCGUAGAUCCUGGACUGUGACAAGCCCGCGGACUGAAUCGGCCAGUCAAGCUACUGCUGCUUCUGCUGCCCCAUCCCCAGCCAAGACCCCAUCCAAACUGCCUAGCUCAGAGGGAAGGAGGCAGAGACCAAGGCGGCAGUGCAGCACUAGCAGUGUGGAAGAGCCCCCACCCCCACCCCCACCCCCGCCCCCGCCUGCCGUGAAAACGCCAUGGAAGACUGCCGCAGCCAGGAAACUGCUGCCUGCUUCGGUAAUACUGAAGAAACUCAACCAGGAUGUACUGAACUAUGAACUGCACUCUUCUCUGGUUCCAUCGACCCCUGAAGAUAAAAGGGAAGGAACAUUUGUGGACCAGAUGGUAUGUUCUCUAAGGGGAGCAAGUAAUAAACCUGAGACAAGUUUGAAGGAACAAGAGAAGCUUGUAAUUUCACCAGCAAGCAGAAGGAACGACCAAGCAACAGUACAACAUCCUGCAAUUACAGAAGCACUGUCAGGUUCCUUAGAAAGGAAGUCACAGAGGAGAUCAGUGCGAAGUCGCUCAGAGUCAGAAAAAUCUACAGAACCAGUGCCAAAGAAAAAGGUCAAAAAAGAACAGGCAGAAACUGUCCCCCAAACAACAGUGAAAACUGGAUCACAAAAAGGACCCUGGGGAUCGAUGCAGCAGCAUUUUCAAAAUGUCCACAGGAACUGUCAACGCAUUAACAAAGGUGCUAGUGAGAUUUCAGAUUCUUGCAAACCUCUAAAGAAACGAAGUCGGGCUUCUACUGAUGUGGAAAUGGCUAGCUCCCAGUACAGAGACACAUCUGACUCUGAUUCAAGAGGACUAAAUGACUCACAGGUUGGUUUUGGGAAGCAGUCUGAUAGCCCUGCCGCUGCUGAUGCAGAUGCCUCUGAUGCCCAGUCUGUGGAUUCCAGUUUAUCAAGACAGGGUACAAGCACUUCCAGAAAGGACACUGUCUGUCAGAUCUGUGAAGUAUUUGGUGACUCCCUUAUUUCAUGUGAAGGAGAUUGCUGCAGACUAUUCCAUUUAGAAUGCUUGGGACUGAGUACACUGUCUGAAGGGAAAUUUACAUGCAUGGAAUGUAAAAAAGGUGCUCACACAUGCUUCUCUUGUAAAGUGUCUAGUCCCGACGUGAAGCGCUGCUCAGUAAAUGGCUGUGGUCGGUUCUACCACGAGGCCUGCGUCCGCAAACACUCCAUGUCCAUCUUCGAGUCCAAGGGGUUCCGCUGUCCACAGCACAGCUGCGCCACCUGCUCUUUAGAACGAGACCUGCACAAAGCAACGAAAGGUCGCAUGAUGAGGUGUAUCCGGUGCCCCAUUGCCUAUCAUACAGGAGAUGGCUGCAUUGCCGCUGGCAGUGUGGUCAUCACCCCGCACAUUAUUGUAUGUAGCAACCAUUCAAGCUCCAAAAAGAACGCACACAUAUCCUCGCCUGUAAACGUAGGCUGGUGUUUCGUCUGUGCCAGAGGGCUAUUAGUGCAGGACCAUUCUGACCACAUAUUAAGUUCUUAUGCCUAUAAGUCGCACUACCUUCUGACUGAGUCAAAUCGUGCUGAGUUGAUGAAAUUACCUAUGAUUCCUUCCUCUUCGUCAGCUACCAAAAAGAAUUGUGGGAAAGGCGGAAGACUGCUGUGCUGUGAGUCCUGCCCUGCUUCGUUCCACCCAGAGUGUUUAAGUAUAGAGAUGCCUGAUGGAAUCUGGUUCUGUAAUGAAUGCACAAUAGGGAAGAAGCCUCAUUACAAGCAGAUUGUCUGGGUCAAACUGGGCAACUACAGGUGGUGGCCUGCGGAGAUCUGCAAUCCCCGAUUAGUACCAUUUAAUAUCCAGACUCUGAAGCAUGAGAUUGGUGACUUUCCUGUGUUCUUCUUUGGAUCUCAUGAUUACUAUUGGAUUAACCAGGGCAGGGUGUUUCCUUAUGUCGAGGGGGACAAGAGCUUUGCUGAUGGCCAAAUUAGUAUUAACAAGACUUUCAAAAAAGCCCUCGAAGAAGCAGCUAAGAGAUUCCAGGAGUUAAAGGCACAAAGAGAAAGCAAGGAAGCGCUGGAGAUGGAGAGAAACUCUAGGAAGCCUCCGCCAUACAAGGUCAUCAAGUCCAACAAGCCGUUUGGGAAGGUUCAGAUCUACAUGGCUGACCUGUCUGAGAUCCCAAGGUGUAACUGCAAACCCACAGAUGAGAACCCGUGCGGGCUUGACUCGCAGUGUCUGAACAGAAUGCUGCAGUACGAGUGCCACCCGCAGGUGUGCCCCGCCGCAGAGCUGUGCCAGAACCAGCGCUUCAGCCAGCGCCUCUACCCAGAGACCGAGGUCAUCAAGACUGAGGGUCGGGGCUGGGGGCUCAAAGCCAGAACUGAACUCAAAAAGGGUGAGUUUGUGUGUGAGUAUGUUGGUGAGCUGAUUGAUUCAGAGGAAUGCAGGCAGCGUAUCAAACACGCUCACGAGAACCACGCUACCAACUUCUACAUGCUGACACUUACCAAGGAUCGUGUUAUUGAUGCUGGGCCCAAAGGAAACUACUCUCGUUUUAUGAACCACAGCUGUAACCCGAACUGUGAGACGCAGAAAUGGACAGUAAACGGGGAUGUUAGAGUGGGACUUUUUGCUCUUUGUGACAUUGAUCCUGACACAGAGUUAACAUUCAAUUACAACUUGGACUGUUUGGGGAACGGAAGGACUACAUGCCACUGUGGUUCUGAUAAUUGCAGUGGAUUUUUGGGUGUGCGACCUAAGAGUGCAGUUGUGAUUGAAAAAGAGGAGAAAGCGAAGAACGCCAAACUGAAAGCAAAGAAGCGUAAAAUCAAGCCUGAUACCAAGCAGACGCACGAGUAUUUCUGUUUCCGCUGUGGGGAUGGAGGGGAGCUGGUGAUGUGUGACAAGAAGGACUGCUCGAAAGCUUACCACCUCCUAUGCCUUAACCUGACCAAGCCUCCAUAUGGGAGGUGGGAAUGCCCGUGGCAUCACUGCAGUGUGUGUGAGAGCCCCUCCGCUUCCUUCUGCCAGUUCUGCCCCAGCUCAUUCUGCAAGGAUCAUGAAAGAGGAUCUCUGGUGGCGUCUUCCCUCGACGGCCAUCUCUGCUGCUCCAACCACAACCCCAAGAGCCCUCUGGCUCCUGAGUCCUUCAGCAAGAUCAAAAUCAAACUGGAGCCCCAGGAGCCAAGUGAAGAAAUGGGGGGGAAUAGUCUUUAAAAAUGGAAAUAACAAACCAACUAAACUGUUCCUAAUAUUUAAAGCAUAAGUAAUGAAAAUAGGCAGGGUUUCUUUUAAUUAUUUUUUAUUUUUUUUUGGUUCAGGCAACCAUAGCAAGUCAAUUUUAAAGAAGUGUUUGCUGACAUUGCUGUUCAUUCAUUCCAGUUUACAGCGGGCAUUGAAGCGGAUUGUGGAGAGGUCAGCCUGUGACACAACUUCCAUGGAUGGAUGGAGAAGGCAAGGCAAAUUCAUUGUGAUGUACUUUUUACAGAGCAGAACCAAAUGUAGCUGUAUUGGUUAUUUGGCACUUUUUAAAACAGAAGACUUUAAUUCUUGAUGGAGUUUUGACGGGUCUCUGCCUAGCUGUUAUUGUUUACCUACUGUGAGCUGUGGUUGCCUGGAGGACUCUUAAUUCUGCCAAUUUGUUAUUUAAAAAAUUUAAAAAAGCCUUGCAUUCAAUGCUGGGUCAUUAAACUGAGCAGAAAUCUGCCAGUUAGUAGGUCACUCCAAAAAAACAUUACAUCUGUUUUUAUGUACUGUACCGCUCAAGACUUUAUUUUUGUGCAAUUAACAUACAUACACUACAUUUCAGAAGCAGAUCUAAUUUGCUGUGUCAAUUGCCAUUACUUUUAUUUUGUUAUUGUACUCAUCUGUUUUUCUAUAAGGAAUUGAAAGCCAUUCUGGCCUGGUUUUUAGAUACACAGAGGAGGGUUCAUUUUAAAGUGACCAAGUGCUGCAUUCCUCAAUCAUGUUGGCAGCACCAAGUCAGUAUUAUAAUGCAUUUUACACACUGAUGUUGCACAUCUGACCUUAAAGUAUUGACUGUACACAAUUACCACACACGGAUACAUUAUGGUUCUAACAUUGUUGCACAGACCAUUUUAAACUGGUACAUAUUUGAGUUUUAUCAUAAUGGUGCCCUCUGGAGUCACAUUUUCAAACCUUUUUCAUGCAUGGUUUUUAAACAUCAUUUUAUUUAAGCUGGUUUUCCAGUCCUUUUAUACACCACUUGUAUAACACUAAUUUAAAGAAAUUGCAUCAUGUAUACUUGUAGAUGACUCCUAGGGACUUUUUUUUAAAAGCUUUGGGACUUGUUUUGAAGAGAGUAUAUCUGUAAAUAUUUAAAGAAUGUAUUCCAUUAUUUAAAAUGAAAAAAAAAAAAAAAAAAAAAAAAACUUCUGUCAUAUUGAGCACAGAAAGACUGAAUUACAUAUCUCAUUAUAGUGUUUCCCUUCUUGAUUUUUUCGUACCCCUAAAGGUUACCGUAUUCUGAAACUCUACAUUGAAGUGAUCUUUAAAACCACUUAAACAAAUAUGGAAGGAGCCUUUUGCUUUAGUUUCAUAUAUAGAGCAAAUUUCUUAUUCCAAUCAGCAGAAGGAGCAUUAUGUCAAACCUGUUUUUAAGCAUUUCAUUUGUUUGGUUUCCUUGAUGUAAAAUUGUUUUAACGAUAAAGCAAAAACUUUUUAUUUCCAGUACAGUGUGUGUAUUGAAAAUAAAUGGAAUUACUGCAGACCUUGACUGACUGAUUGAACUUAUAUUUAAAAAAAAAAAAAAAAAAAGAUAAUUUGGGACUGUAUACAAUAUUAGAAUUGUUUACAGUUUUUUAUUUUUUACUUUUUUUUUUUUACAAAACUAGACAGAAAAAAGCAGCAUUUUUCUCUUCAAGUGGGUAAAGUGGUCUGUGAUUUUAUUGCUUUAGUGGCUGUGCUAAUGUAUACCUUAAACUGUCAUCAGGCAAGACUGCGCUAACAAUGUUUUAACCCUACAUUACAAUCCAUGUGUGUUUGUUUUUUGUAAUACUCUAAUGCAGUGGUUCCCACACCAGUCCUGGGGACCCACUUUGUCUGCUGGUUUUCAUUCCAACUGAGCUCUCAGUUACUUAACUAGACCCUUAAUUGAACUGAUCAUUUGCUGAAGUAAUUGUUUUCAGCUCUUAACAGAUGCAUAUUUCAAGUUAAUAUAUUAUAAGUUAACUAGAACUCCGCAACUGUUUAAGAGCUGACAACAAUUAAAAAAAGGUAUAAUUAAGCAAAUUAUCAGUUCAAUUAAGAGUCUCGGUUGGAAUGAAAACCAGAAGACACACGGGGUCCCGGGAUCGGGUUUGAGAACCACUGCGCUAAUGGUACUUGUCUUGCAGUGUUAUACUCAGUGUAACUAGGUAUAUUGAGUUUUUGUAUAGCUUAAUAAAAAGGUUUUUGAAGGGUUAGGGGCAAUAGGAGAAACAGCUGCUCCCAAAAGAUUUGGGGCUGUUUUCUUUCGAACUACAGACACUGGGCAACCCAAUGGCUGCACCACUGGUACAAAAACAGUCACUUUAUGUUUGUUUUUUAAACAAAAAAACCUCUGCCUUCAUUUAUUUCAGGUGGUCCAUAGUGUUUACUUGAAUUUGAUUUGUUAUUGCCUUAUUUUACCUUCAUUUUAUUUAUGCAGCAAAAAUAAUUGUAUUGUUUUUGUAUUGGUGUAAUUUUAGGGGACAAAGUCAGGAUUUUUUUUUUUUAAUCAGCUUUUGUGGUUUUUUUUUUCAGUGAUUUCAAAAAGAGGUAACAUUUUAGUAUAUAUUGUAUUCCAUGCCAGAUAUUUCUAAGGCAGCAAUAAGAGAUGGCUUUGUUUUCUGUCUUUAGGUUCUAUCUAUUUAUAAUUCAUUUUGCAAAUGCCUUGAGUGUUUGUUACACUUUUUAAAACCAAUACUGUGUGUAAAUCAAGGAAAGAUAAAAUUGACUAGAAUUAUACUUGAAGGUUUGUUAGUUCAGUUACACCUUGUCAUAGAGAAGCAACCAGUAUAAAUACAGGUAGUGGACAAAGAAAUGGAAACACCAAUUUAAAGUCACUUAAUAGGGCUUUGGGCCACUAUGGUAUCCCGCUCUGAAGUUCUCGGCGUACCAUUUUUAAUGAAACUGGGUGCUCUCGCCCCAGGUUGAAAUUUGCAGUCAAUUGAUCUGCAGUUGCUCUCCUGUUUUGCCUUGCACUUUGAAUUAAUGCACGGACAUCACAAUCCUGGAGUAUGCGCUUCUGCCCACUGUUACACUUUGCUGAUGAUGUCUUUCCCUGCUGUUCCAUGCCGACAUCACCUUAGACACCGUUGCUCAUGAAACAUCAGCAAGUUGAGCUGUCUUGGUCACUGAAGCUCCUGCUAAAUGCGCCCCAACAAUCGCCCCUCUUUCAAAGUCCCUAAGGUCUCCUCUUGCAGACAUGCUAGCCAUAAUUAAAGGCAACCAGGCCUGUAUAGCAUUUUUAUACAUGACCUUAAACAUGCUGGGGUUAUUUGCUUAAUUAACACAUGAGCCCUUGGAAGCCCUUGCUUUCAGUAUACUUUGUUGUCCCUCAUUUACCCAGGUGUUCCCAUUUUUUUUGUCCACUACCUGUAUAUACAUGCUUAAAUAAUAAUAUUGGUCUGCACUUUAUGCAUUAGAUUUUUUUUUUGGUUUGUUUUGUUCUUGGCAUUUUUAAAGUUUAUUUUUACUUGUUUCCAAGAUCACAACUUUUCAGGGAUUCAGCUAACACUAGCCAACAUUUAACAAUUCAGUUUUAUUGCAAAUGGUUCUUGGCAAUAUUGUUACACAGAACCAUUAACCAUCCAACACAAAAAACACUACAUGAUAUUCAGAUGCAUAUAUGCCACAGAUUCUAUCCUGGUUUCUACAGUAUAGCAGAUUCUUUUUAAGUUACUGUACAUUCACUAAGCUGAAGCUACCAUUUUGUUCUGCAACUUUUUGGCAGUGCAGAGCCUCAGAAGGGGGAGUGGCAUGCAUUUUUAUGAAAUACAAAUACAUUCCUGGAAUGUUAGGAAUACAGAGAACACUUUAGCAAUUUGAAUUUACCGAUUUUAACACUUGAGUCCUUGAAAUUAUUUGCUCAGUAGUGGGUUUUCAGCUGGACUAUAAAGUUUAAAUAUUUGUGUUCCUAAAUAAACUGUGGUUCUUAAGCCUUAUCCUGCCUAAAAUGAUCUGCUACAACCCCUGAAGCAUUCAGAUUCACCCAAAUGUACUUUCAUCUUUUAAUUUCAUGUUUUUUUCAUGACUGUAGAGCUUACUUCAAAAAAUGUAUUACUUUUCUUCUGAGCUGCACGGUGCUGUUCAUACAGAAGAUUACUUAUCAUUAAUGUUAGAGUAAGUAGCGGGGUUCCAAAAAAUAGUUGCACGUCCCCACAUGUUGCUACAACUGUUUAAAUAAUGUACCUGUCAUUUUUUUUCAUUGUUAACAUCCUGACAACUUUUUACACUUCUACCUUUUAAAGUCUGUUUCAAAGCUCUUCUCAAAAUGGCUGCUCCAGUGGGUUUGAGAUCUGUCCUCUAAAUCACUGUUGCGUACCACAUGGAUCGUUCUUGCUCUUUGACAAUGUGGGCAGUAAUCUUUACGCUAUCAAUGCACUAAAGUGGCCAUUUUGAAAAAGACUUUAAAGUCAUAAGUGUAAAAAGUUGUCUGAAUGUUAACAAUGAAAAUAAAAAUGACAGGUACGUUAUUUAAACAGUUUUAGCAACAUGUCUGGAUGUGUAACGCUAUAUUUUUCGGAACCCCGCUACUUGCUCCUUAAUGCCAAUUGUACAAUUCCAAACUUUAAAACAAACACUCCUACUGUUUCUACAGUUCCACAGCCAUAUUUUGAAUAUUUUAAUUUUUUUUUUUCACAUUCAGUCUUGCAGUGAAAUUGUAGCUGCCCUUUCUGCAGCUUUUAAUGCACUUAAGGAUACCCCCUUUACUGAUCAAGGUCACAGAUGCUAAAGUAAUUUGAUCUGUAAUGCUUCCCCAAAAGUGUAUAGAAGCAUUCAUAUUGUUACUACACAAAGUGUCUAAUAUUUUAUCUUAUCAUAUUGCUCAGUGUUCAGUAGAUCCCAGAUUAUAAAUAUGUAUACAAAAAAAAUAAUACAGAUCAAAUAUUUACUGAUUUACACAAUUCAUUGCCUUUUUUAAAAGGUGCAAUUUCUGAAGUUAAAAAAAAUAUGUAACCUUUUUUUGCCCUUUUUUUUAAAACCGUUUUUAAAGGUAGCAUUUACAAAAUCUCACAGGUAGAUUCUCAUUUUUUAUGUGAUCUUUAUCUUAAAAUAAAACUAAUAACUGUUGGUUUUGUGAAAUGUUGAUUGUAAUUGUGGACUUUCCAUAUGACCAUCAAUAUAAAGUAUACAUUGAAAACAUAUGAAACACACGAAGGCUUGGCUAAAACGAAAACCCUUUUCAACACACUGCAUAGUGUUGCUUCCCUUGAUGUUUUUCUGCUGGGGGUUAUUACUGUAUUAAUUGAUGUUGCUGUUUUAGAAUUUAACAAUCACCAAUUCUUUUGUUUCUGUUUUGUUGUUUGGCCUAUGUGCAUAGUGUAAAAGAAUGAUGCUUGUCAAACCUUGUACAUAGUUAGCAAAUCCAGAUUGUCACUAGUUGUAGUGUAUUUAGAAUGCCUGUAAUAUUUAGCUUCUUCUGAAUGUGUGUGACUGUAGGAACGUAUACUUUUUUUGUACAUUAUAUUGACUGAUGUCCUUUUUUUAUUUGAAAUAUUUUUGAAUUCAGAUGUGUUUUGCUUCUGCCAGAAUUCAUUCUGAAGGGUUUUUAAUGACAUUCCACAGAUUUAUCAGUUUCAGACUUGCUUAAGGUUUGACUUCAAUAAACUGUUCUGAAUGUUCAAGUCUCA